UAAAUACGUGUCUCAGAUGCUCUGAGUGUUUUAAAAUAUAUUUAAUAGUAUUUUAACAGUUUUUUAAAAUAAAUUUAAUUUAUUACUUACUUACAUAACAUAUAUGUAAUAGUUGUGUAAAAAUAUCACCUGCCACAUCACCUUCAUCACAUCUACUUAGUCACAGAAAGCACAACCACUAUGUCACAGUUAUCGGAGAUCUUGUCCAUUCAGAAGAGCCUUGAGGAACAUUUCACCAAGAAAAUGGAUCAACUCGGAGCCCAAAUUCAAGCAGCGGGACCGGUGAAGGACACGGUGGCCAAGGUUGCAGAGGAGUUCCGAGCCUUCAGGGAACUGAUCUACAGUGUGUUGGGUUUGCUGCGUAAGCAAAUUGCUGAGUGUGUUUCACACAUUGACACGCUGGAGAUGAGACACCGUAGGAAGGCGUUAAUUUUUCAAGGACUUCCUGAAGCUGAGAAGGAAGACUGCUCUUCCAAAAUAAUCCAUCUUCUUAGCAGUAAAUUGGCUCUGAGAAACAUCACAGCAGCGAACAUUAAAGUUGCUCACAGGCUUGGCAGUCCUGGUAAAGAUCACCCGAGGCCCAUUCUUGUGAGAUUCUCUAAUCUGGAGGUAAAAUCUUUGAUUUGGAAAGCGAAGACUGGCUUGAAGGGGUCCAAAAUCUCAGUAAAGGAAUUUCUGACGAAGACUAGGCAGUCCGUCUUCACUCAGGCACGGCAGCACUUCGGAAUGCGGUCAUGUUGGACGCAGGACGGCGUGAUUGUUGUUAAGGCCUCAGACGGAACUCGCCACAAGAUUACUUCGAUGGACGAGUUAAAGCCGCUCCUGGACAAGUACCCCACUAAGUCUUCGCCCUCGUCAACUGCUUGAGACCUUCUGGAAUGCAAAUAACACCGUAUGUAAUGAAUAGUUCUUGGAUAUCGAUUUUAUCUCAUUCUCUUUUUUUUAUAUAAAAUUAGUGAAGGUACUUACUAGUUGUUAGGUUAGAUUUUCUUAGUAAAGUAGUUUUGCAUGGUCAUGUUUGUUCUCGUCCUUUUUGUAUUUCUUAAUUCUGUACCCUCACUAGGUAAUUAAAAUGUAGCUUUUUUUUUUUUUUUUUUUAAUUCUUUCAUUGCAUGUAUCGAUCA